UGGCUCUGCUUUCUGCGGUAGCUAGCUAACGUUAGCUGUUCAUGAUGAUGGAGGAGGAAGAAUUGGAAUUUGCGGAGGAUUUGGAGGCUAUUUUGCACCUUACUCCAGAGGUGCAGUUGGCCAUCGAGCAGGUUUUCCCCAGUCAAGACCCAUUGGACAGAGCAGAUUUUAAUGCUGUGGAAUACAUCAAUACAUUGUUUCCCACUGAGCAGUCACUGGCUAAUAUAGAUGAUGUGGUCAACAAGAUCCGUCUGAAGAUUCGUCGUCUGGAUGACAACAUCAGGACGGUGGUGAGAGGCCAGACCAACGUGGGCCAGGAUGGCAGACAGGCACUGGAGGAGGCUCAGGUAGCCAUCGGCCAGCUCUUCGGCAAAAUCAAAGAGAUUAAGGACAAGGCUGAGAAAUCUGAGCAAAUGGUCAAGGAGAUAACGCGGGACAUCAAACAGCUGGACCAUGCUAAGCGUCACCUGACCACCUCCAUCACCACCCUCAACCACCUGCACAUGCUGGCCGGGGGCGUGGACUCUCUAGAGGCCAUGACGAGGAAGAGGCAGUAUGGAGAGGUGGCUAACCUGCUACAGGGGGUGGUCAACGUGCUGGAACACUUCCACAAAUACAUGGGCAUCCCUCAGAUCAGACAGCUCUCAGAGAGGGUGAAAGCGGCCCAAAGCGAGCUGGGGACUCAGAUCCUGGCAGACUUUGAAGAGGCCUUCCCCGCUCAGGGGUCAAAGAGAGCAGGGGGACCCAGUAAUGUUCUGAGGGAUGCCUGUCUGGUGGCCAACGUCUUGGACCCCCGCAUCAAACAGGAGAUCAUCAAGAAGUUCAUCAGACAGCACCUCUCUGAGUACAUGGUGCUGUUCCAGGAGAACCAAGAUGUAGCUUGGCUGGAUAAGAUUGACCGGCGCUAUGCCUGGAUUAAGCGUCAGCUGGUGGACUAUGAGGAGAAGUACGGACGCAUGUUCCCUGAAGAGUGGUGUAUGACCGAACGCAUCACUGUGGAGUUCUGCCACAUCACCAGGACGGAGCUGGCCAAAGUGAUGCGGACGCGGGCCAAAGAGAUUGAGGUCAAGCUGCUUCUGUUUGCCAUUCAGAGGACCACCAACUUCGAGGGGCUGCUCGCCAAGCGCUUCUCUGGGUGCACCCUCACCGACGGGCCCGGGGUGAAGAAGCCUGAGACACCACUGGAGUCCACCAACCCUUUCCUGGAGGACGAGGUUGGAGAGGAUGGGUCAGAGAUGGACGAGGGUCUGGAUAGGCUCAAGAAGCCCAAGGCUCCUGACAACCCAUUCCAUGGCAUCAUUUCCAAGUGCUUCGAGCCUCACCUCUAUGUCUACAUCGAGUCUCAGGACAAGAACCUGGGGGAGAUGAUUGACCGUUUCGUGUCAGACUUCCGGGCGCAGGGCCCCCCCAAGGCGGGCACGGAGGACGGUGGAGCGGUGCUGCCCAGCUGUGCUGACCUGUUUGUCUACUAUAAGAAGUGCAUGGUGCAGUGCUCUCAGCUUAGCACAGGGGAACCUAUGAUCGCCCUCACCACCAUCUUCCAGAAGUACCUCAGAGAGUAUGCCUGGAAGAUACUGUCUGGAAACCUGCCCAAGACUAGCAGUAAUAGUGGAGGACUGACCAUCAAGAGUCUGCUGCAGGAGAAGGAGGGUUCAGAGGCUGCGAAGUUCACUGUAGAGGAGCUGUGUCUCAUCUGUAGCAUCCUCAGUACUGCAGAGUACUGUCUGGCCACCACACAGCAGUUGGAGGAGAAGCUGAAGGAGAAGGUGGAUAAGACCCUGGUGGAGAGAAUCAACCUGACUGGAGAGAUGGACACCUUCAGCAAUGUGAUCUCCAACAGUAUCCAGUUGCUUGUUCAGGACCUGGACACUGCCUGUGACCCUGCUCUCACUGCCAUGAGCAAGAUGCCAUGGCAGAGUGUAGAGCAUGUAGGUGACCAGAGUCCAUACGUGACGUCAGUCAUCAUGCACAUCAAACAGAAUGUCCCCAUCAUCAGAGAUAACCUGGCCUCCACACGAAAAUACUUCACCCAGUUCUGCAUCAAGUUCACCAACUCUUUCAUUCCUAAAUUCAUCAACCACUUGUUCAGGUGUAAGCCUAUCAGCAUGGUGGGGGCUGAACAGCUCCUCCUGGACACCCACUCCCUGAAGACGGUGUUGUUGGAUCUGCCUUCUAUAGGGUCUCAGGUGGUCCGCAAGGCCCCAGCCAGCUACACCAAGAUAGUCGUGAAGGGGAUGACCCGCGCUGAGAUGAUCCUCAAGGUGGUAAUGGCCCCCCAUGAACCCUCCGUGGUGUUUGUGGAUAACUACAUCAAGCUCCUCGCUGACGGGAACCCAGAGACCUUCCAGAAAACUCUGGAUAUGAAGGGGUUGAAGCGCAGUGAGCAGAGCAGCAUGUUGGAGCUCUUCAGACAGAGGUUACCCACUCCACCCUCAGGGGCCGACGGAGGCCCCUCCCUCUCCUUCAGCACCCCCACCCCCGAGCAGGAGAACUCGCGCAUACGCAGACUGGAGAAGCUCAUCAAGAAGAGACUCUGAGCGUACACACACACACACACACACUUGUACUCACACACAUCACCAUAACACACACAAAUUAUUCCAGUAAUUUAUCUCAAAUACUUUUUCCUGCUCUGUUUAAUCAUUACAGAGAAUUGCAGGCAGAGUAAAGACAUGAUUGUCUCAUUUUUGGUAGGAGCAUUAAUAUGAACCUCAUGAUUUCAAAGUCAACUGUCUGAUUAUGAAGAAAUGUCCUCAGCUGCAGUAAGCUGUUGGCAUGUACGACUCAUUUACUGCUGUAUUUCAUUUCUGCUUCUCUUUUUAUGACACUAAAUACCCAAGCUUUGUAAAUGUCGUUAAAUGUAGACUACUAUAUCAUACACACUCAAUGCAUUUUAGCAAAAUGUGUUUGCACUUAAAAAGACAAAAUCAAGAGCUACUAAUUAAAAACGGCUUUAGGAGCAAUUUGCUGCCGCUUUGGCACCUAUCCUCCCAGACUGAGAACAAGAAACUUUAAUGUAAUUGAAGCUAACGUUUUCAGAAUGUUCUCCUGUUUUCAGAAUGUUCUCCUAGUGUUUUCAGAAUGUUAUUGUUCUCCAGUCCGGUGUCUUUUAGUGUAUUUCUCUUGGUUCCCUGUUCAAGGAGAGGAUGCAGUUAGUCAGGAGUUUGGGUAUAUUUCCAGUGUCCCUUCACAACGGGAACACCCUCGGGUGGAUGGACCGCAUCCCACCAUGCAUUGCUGUUUCCAGGUUCAGUGGUUAAGCCCCCAGGUUUGGGACAGAGAGGAUCUUGGGAUUUCCUGUCUCCUCAAUUAGACAUGAGACAGUCUCUGUGCUUUUUGAAAUUCCCCCAAGGUUGGCCUGGAAAUGAGAACCAGUCCAAGCCUUUUAACUCUGACCCUCCACCAGGAAGUGUGUGUGUGUGUGUUCGCGAGAGAUGUUAAGCGUGUUCAUUUAUUUAACCUCUAUUGCCCUAUUUAAUUACCUGCUGUAGAGCCCUCUGAGCAUUUUAUGUCAGUCUGAAUAGAUUGUAGAUUUGAUGACAGUGAGGGAGAGUCACAGUACUUUAUAACAAAGGAACUCAUGUGUUCACUGUUGUAUAAGGAUAUAUUGUACAAAAUUAUAUUGUCUAAACCUU